AUGGCAGCCCACCAUGGUGCAGCAGCAUUUGAAGUCAGGCUCACUGCUGUCCUAGCCAGCGCCCUCCACCCUUUUAUCCAUUCUCAGUUCCUCAGUGACCACAGAGACACAGCAACGUGCAAAUGCUGGUUGAACAGAAUCCGGGAGAAUGAACAGGAGCUUGAUGUCAAAGAUAAUCUUAUAGAAGAAAUAAGGGUUCAGAGUCAAGAAGCCUGGCCAAGACAGGUUGAUCUGGGAAUUUGUAAGUGGUUCAAAUUCAGUGCAUUUUUAAAUACCUUGAAAAGAUGCCAGAAUCAGAAAAAGGAAUACUCAGUGUUCAGCCAGCGGACAGAAGAAGCAUCUGCAGCACAAUACUUCCAGUUUUAUGGCUGUAUUUCCCAGCAGCAGAACAUGAUGCAAGAUUUCGUGAGGACAGCUACUUACCAAAGAGCCAUCCUCCAGAACCACAUUGACUUCAGAGACAAGGUUGUUCUAGAUGUUGGUUGUGGAUCAGGAAUCCUGUCAUUUUUUGCUGUUCAGGCUGGAGCUAGGAGAGUUUAUGCAGUUGAAGCCAGUUCAGUAUCACAAUAUGCUGAGAUGCUAGUGAAAAAUAACCACCUUUCAGACAAGAUCAUUGUUUUGCCAGGAAAAAUUGAAGAAAUCUCACUUCCUGAGGCUGUAGAUGUGAUCAUUUCUGAACCAAUGGGAUACAUGCUGUUCAAUGAAAGGAUGCUGGAGAGUUAUCUGCAUUCCAAAAAAUGGCUAAAAUCAAAUGGAAUGAUGUUCCCGACAUUCAGCGACAUCCACUUGGCCCCCUUUUCUGAUGAACAGCUCUAUGUGGAACACUUCUCAAGAGCCAACUUUUGGUACCAGCAGUGCUUCUAUGGGGUCAACCUAUCCAGCCUCCGGGGUGCAGCUGUGGAUGAGUACUUCAGACAGCCAAUAGUAGACACAUUUGACGUUAGGAUUUUGAUGGCUCGGACAGUCAAAUACACAGUAAAUUUUAUAGAUGCAGAAGAAGAAGAUCUACACAGAGUAGAAAUUCCCUUUGUGUUUCAACUGGCUCAGUCUGGCCUCGUCCAUGGCCUGGCGUUCUGGUUUGAUGUGGCCUUUGUUGGGUCUCUGGUAACAGUUUGGCUGUCCACAGCCCCAACCGAGCCUCUGACUCACUGGUAUCAGGUGCGGUGCCUCCUGCAGACUCCUCUCUUCGCCAAGGAAGGGGAGACUCUCUCAGGGAAAGUGCUGUUUGUAGCUAAUAAACGACAGAGCUAUGACAUUCAGAUCGUGGCACUGGUGAACCAAACAGGCUUCAGAUCUGAGAACAUCCUCGACUUAAAGAAUCCAUUCUUUAGGUUUGCUUAGAAGACAGUAACAAGUCAAGUAAUAAGUAAAAUGAAGGCCUGGGAAGUUCAAUGACAUCCAAGCUCAUACUUCGUGAUCUAUGCAUUCUACCCUUUACCAGGAUGUUUAGGUUUAUUUAAUUUUUUU